CACCAGAUCGCUGCCAUCAUGGACACAAGUCACAUGAAGCCCAUCAAGCUGGCUAGGGUAACCAAAGUGCUGGGCAGGACAGGUUCGCAGGAACAGUGCACGCAGGUGCCAGUGGAAUUUAUGGAUGACACCAGAUGCUCUAUCAUUGGAAAUGUCAAAGGCCCCGUUCAAGAGGUUGAUGUGCUCACCCUGUUGGAGUCAGAAACAGAAGCUCACAGGUUGCACUGACCUUGCUACUGAGUCCUGGAAUAUCCACUACGUAGCCCAUGGUGUGACCUGCAACUGUUAAAUAAAGCAUUUGUAUUAA